AUGUCACGUAUUGUCCUCCUGACUUUUGUUGGGCUUAUUGUGUUCUUUCCAUUUUCUUGUUCCCUCCAAGAGCAAGGAAAAGAGCCACAAGCUCCUUUGCUUCCAAACUCUUGCAAUGAAACAUGCGGGGACUUCCAUGUUCCAUUUCCCUUCUAUGUCAACUCUUCUUGUGAGUCGAUUUCCAGUGCCUUCCAUCUGUCGUGCACAAAUUCAUCUGCCCUUUUGCUCAGAAUUGGCUCGGUUAGCUACACGGUCUUGGAAUUCUUCCCAGAUGGUGUGCUGGUGGACUUUCCCGGCUCAUCGUCCUGUAGACAGUACAAUGACUUGAAUUCUUUUGGCAGAAGCUUUGCAGGGAAGGACAACUUUGGAGUCUCGGUUGACAAUGUUAUUGGCCUCUAUGAUUGUGAGGAUUCCUCUCUGUGCAAAGCAGAUUGUGAAACUAUUGACUUGCCUGGUUGUGAUGGAAGGGGUGGAGGUUCUCUUGCCUGUUGCUAUCCACUCUCUGACCAUACCAUAUGGCAUGUUGGAGAUGGGUUUUCGGUGUUUUCUCAGUUUGGAUGCAGGGGGGUUUCUAGUUGGGCCGUUUUGCGAGGCUCAACUUGGGGAAAACGUGGGGUCAAGUUGGAAUGGGCACUUCCCCGAAACUCCUCUAAGCAAGUUUGUGCAAGGAAUGCUUACAUGGCCAAUGCUACAGCAAUCGAAGGAGGCGUGAGAUGUGUCUGUCAAAAUGGAUAUGUUGGUGAUGGUUUCGCUAAUGGGACUGGAUGUCUGCAGGCCUGCAUAAAGGACGGAAAGGAAGCAUAUGGAAGUGACUGCGACGGCAAAAGACAUGAUCAAAGGAAAUUUGUUAUAAUUGCCGGAAUCGUUGGCCCAGUUCUGAUUGUUGCCUCCCUGAUUGCACUAUUUUAUCUUCUUAAAAGGCCAACAAAAGCGGGGAUGUUUGACACCGAGCAAGCUUACUAUCAAAACAUUUCAAUCCCCAAAGCUUGUAAAACUCGACUAUUCAGCCUCCACGAGCUAGAUGAAGCCACUAAAGGUUUUGAAGAGGGUCAGAAACUUAUGCAUGGCAACAAUGGGACAAUCUUCGCUGGAGUUUUAGGGGAUGGGUCUCACAUAGCUGUCCACAAAUUACAAUGUGAGAAGAAAGACUUAAUUCAAGUCCUGUCACAGAUCGAGGUUCUAUCUUCUAUAGUACAUAGAAACAUGGCCCGGAUUCUUGGUUGCUGUAUUGAAUCUGGCAACACUUUGGUAGUUUAUGAGUUUCCUUCCAAUGGUACUCUGGAGGAAUAUUUACAUCAAAGCAAAGGACAACAACUUCGUUUAGAUUGGUAUAGGAGACUGACUAUUGCUGCAGAAACAGCGAGUAUUCUUGCAUUCCUACACUUCGAGAACUAUCCUCCCAUAUUUCACCAUAACCUUAAAUCUGCCUGCAUCUUCCUAGAUGAUGAUUAUUCUGUCAAGAUUGCAGGAUUUGGUCUGAUCAACUCCAAUUUUUACUAUGGUUCUAACUUACACAAGAACUAUGAAGGCUUUGGCAUCUGCAAAAAUGAUGUUUAUGACAUGGGUGUAUUGCUUCUUGAGAUUAUCUCAGGCUCAAAUCGCUUGGAUUUACCAACUUUGGCCUUGCAGCAAAUAAGGGCAGGAAAAUUUGAAGAUAUUUUUGACCCCUUUCUUUGCUACCAUGAACAACCACAUUAUCGCCAAGAGCAAAUGCAAAUCAUUGCAGAUCUUGCCACAAGAUGCCUGUUAUUUGGUGGAGAUGGAAGGCUAGGAAUGGUUGAUGUUGUGAGGGAGUUAGUACACUUGACUAAAGAAAGUCUUGAUAGCAAAGGACCUGCACUGGAGGAGACAUUCUCAAAUUCAAGCCUUCUUCAGAUGAUAUCACUGUCUCCUGAUUCUAUGAAUGUCCCCUGA